CCCCGCUGCCGGAGCCUAGUAGCGUCUCCCGGCGCCUGCGGGGCGUCUCUUUCUCUCCAGCGGAGGCAAGAUUUCUUCAGUGUAGCUCCCUCCCUCUCGAGCCCCCGAGCUCCCUCGCUGCUGCCUCUGUGUCCCGGCGGCCGCGGAGAGCCGGGUCAAGCCUCUGGCAGGAGGGAAGAGUCAGCCCCGGGGUGUGCUAGCCCCUCCUGGCCCCGAGCAGGGAAGCGAGGAAGAGGUGGCGUGGAGCCCGCGGGAGGUGCGGAGCCCCGGGCGACCCGCCCGGCCCCUGCCUCAUUUUGCCUGCCUUCUGGGCACCGCUCGGGUAUUUCAGGUCCCGAGGCGCCGCCGGGUGUCGGUCCUCACCACCCUCCUUCCCUGGCCGUGGCCAAGGGGCCUAAGGUGGAGGGGCCGGGGUGGGGGGCACCAGCGCCGCGCGGCGGGAGUGGGCGAAGAGCGCAGGCCAGAGAGGCAACCGCUGCUGCCCCUUUGAUGUUUUGGUACGCCGUGCGCAUGCGCCUCACAUUAGAAUUACUGCACUGGGCAGACUAAGUUGGAUCUCCUCUCUUCAGUGAAACCCUCAACCCAUCCAAAACUAAAGGGAUGUGGAGAGUCCGGAAAAAGGACUACUUUGGGAUUUGGUCAUUCCCCUUAAUAAUCGCCGCCGUCUGUGCGCAGAGUGUCAAUGACCCUAGUAAUAUGUCGCUGGUUAAAGAGACGGUGGAUAGACUCCUGAAAGGUUAUGAUAUUCGGCUGAGACCAGAUUUUGGAGGUCCCCCUGUGGCAGUGGGAAUGAACAUUGACAUUGCCAGCAUCGACAUGGUUUCUGAAGUCAACAUGGAUUAUACCCUGACAAUGUACUUUCAGCAAGCUUGGAGAGAUAAGAGGCUGUCCUAUAACGUAAUACCUUUAAACUUGACUCUGGACAACAGAGUGGCAGACCAACUCUGGGUGCCUGAUACUUACUUCCUGAACGAUAAGAAGUCAUUUGUGCAUGGAGUGACCGUCAAGAACCGUAUGAUCCGCCUGCAUCCAGAUGGGACAGUCCUUUAUGGCCUCAGAAUCACAACCACAGCUGCCUGUAUGAUGGACCUGAGGCGGUACCCACUGGAUGAACAAAACUGCACCUUGGAAAUUGAAAGUUAUGGAUAUACAACCGAUGACAUUGAGUUUUAUUGGCGUGGGGAUGAUAACGCAGUGACAGGAGUAACCAAGAUUGAGCUUCCACAAUUCUCUAUUGUAGAUUACAAACUGAUCACCAAGAAGGUUGUUUUUUCCACAGGUUCCUAUCCCAGGUUAUCCCUCAGCUUUAAGCUUAAGAGAAACAUUGGUUACUUUAUCCUGCAGACAUAUAUGCCAUCUAUCUUGAUCACUAUCCUCUCCUGGGUCUCCUUCUGGAUUAAUUACGAUGCUUCCGCUGCAAGAGUGGCAUUAGGAAUUACAACUGUACUAACAAUGACCACUAUCAAUACCCACCUCCGGGAGACUCUCCCUAAGAUCCCUUAUGUGAAGGCCAUUGACAUGUACCUGAUGGGGUGCUUUGUCUUUGUUUUCAUGGCCCUUCUGGAAUAUGCUUUGGUCAACUACAUCUUUUUUGGGAGGGGACCUCAACGCCAAAAGAAAGCAGCUGAAAAGGCUGCCAGUGCCAACAAUGAGAAGAUGCGCCUGGAUGUCAACAAGAUUUUUUAUAAAGAUAUUAAACAAAAUGGGACCCAAUAUCGAUCCUUGUGGGACCCAACUGGAAACCUCUCCCCAACUAGACGGACUACCAAUUACGAUUUCUCUCUCUAUACGAUGGACCCCCAUGAGAACAUCUUACUGAGCACUCUUGAGAUAAAAAAUGAAAUGGCCACCUCCGAGGCUGUGAUGGGACUUGGAGACCCAAGGAGCACAAUGCUGGCCUAUGAUGCCUCCAGCAUCCAGUAUCGGAAAGCCGGGUUGCCCAGGCAUAGUUUUGGCCGAAAUGCCCUGGAACGGCACGUGGCACAGAAGAAAAGCCGCCUGCGGAGACGCGCCUCCCAGCUGAAAAUCACCAUUCCCGACUUGACUGAUGUGAAUGCCAUAGACCGGUGGUCCCGCAUAUUCUUCCCAGUGGUUUUCUCCUUCUUCAACAUCGUCUACUGGCUUUAUUAUGUGAACUAAAACAUUGCUUCCCAUGGGAAGCAAGGACUAGAUUCCUCCUCAAACCAGAUGUACAGCCUGACAUAGAACUUGGAAAACACAUCAAUCCAGGACAAAAGUGAUGCUAAAAUACCUUAGUUGCUGGCCUAUCCUGUGGUCCAAUUCAUACCGUUUGGGUUGCUUCUGCUAAGUCAUGAAAAUGCUAAGGUUCUUGGGGUUUUCCAGUUAAAAUGCAAGUGAUUUGUACACAUGCUGGCAAGACUGAAUCUGUGUUCCACCUUAUCUGCUUAGUACACAGCCUAUACGGAGGGGAAUAAUUUAGAUGAUAUUCCAGAAGGCUCAGUAGUGUCAUCAGUCAUCUUGCUGAGAUGUGGUCAUAUCCAGAUACUCCCCAUUUUCAUUCCUAAGGUUGUCAUGUGAUCUGCCAUGCCAUGCAAACAUGCUUACUGAAGACGAUAUCUGCCUGUCUUAUUAAGGUGAUGAUGGUGCCACAGGAAGUUAAUUCCCACCGGAUUCUAGAAGGUUCUCAUGUAAUUCAAACAAGAUAGGGAGAGUCAAGACAGAGACUCAGGAAACCAAUUUGGCCAGGCCAUGUUUGCUUGAGCUUGGGAAUCAACGCUGACAUCUUCCAUUUUGACGUUUAGAGACGGGGAGACUUCUAAACAUUAUCAUGCCUGGUGGCCAAAAGAAAUUUUUCUAUAAUGCUAUUUCUGAGGCAGUUAAAAAUAAGAGUUAAUAACCCAGAACGGAGUGGAAAAUUCAGAGACAACAGUUGUAACAAAAUUAAAGCACGCAAGCAGCAUGACCCUUAGCCCAUUACAAGCAUGUGGUCCAUACAUACUGUGUUCAGGGGCAGAAGGUAGAGUGAAAGAGAUUUCUUUCCCUCCAAACUCACAAGCUUUUGACAGCAUACCUGAAGAAGUUUUUAUAGUGUACCUGAUCAAAAGACAACCCCUAAACAGAAAUGUUAGCAGAAUUAGAAGCAUCUUAGGUUACACUGGGAGUGAUCCCAAUAUAUGAAUAUAAAGCACAGACAGAGCUAGCAGACAAGAUGCUUUUCUCUGACUCUACAACAUUUUCCUGCAGUUUAUUUCUGAAUUUAAUAGGGUAUUUCAAAAGAAGGAUUUGUUCAUUUCUUUAGCGGGCUUAAUGGUCUUUUCCAACUUUUCUUGUUUCUGAAAUUCUGAUUAUAUUCUUAAGAGACAGACAGAGUAAGUCUUUGGAGAGAUUUUAAAAGAACUGUAUUUCUUUAUGUACAAUGAAGUUCACCUUUGUCUUUCAUGGCAAACAAUACUCAAGAGAUUAUGUGCACAAAUAGGUUUAGUUGUUGAUUUGGAGAGUUUGAUUUUUUUAGGGUGCUUUCAUUGUAUAUGUUGCCGUCUGCCUAAUCAAAUAGGAAGUCAUGGAAAAUAGAAGAACAACAAAGCCAUAGUACAUGGUGAAUGUUAUGAGCCUCAGUUGAUACUGCAGAAAAAUAUAUAGCUGAUAAUCAGGCAGGCAUGAUAUAUUACUUUUAUUCAAUUUUUAAAUUAUGUCAUUGUGCUUCUUUCUAUACUAAUUAGAUAUAUGCAUUCAUAUGUUGAAAAAAGAGAAAAGAAUAAGCUCAGAUAUUUUAUUUCUAUCAAUGUGAAGUUCAUAUUUUGCCUUUCUCAGAGGAAAUAGUGAAUUCCUCAUUUUUCCUUAAAGUUAGAUUUGAUUGAAACUUUUCUUAGAGGAUGACUUUGCUAUUUCUAUUUAAAAAAACAACACUUCUUUUUAGAGUAACAUCCCUAAUUGUGCAUAGCAGCUAAGGCCAGUAUCCGCCUGUGGAUAAAUGUAUGUUUUCUUUCCCUGAUGAUUCAGCAGCUUAGAAUAUGAUGGAGUCCUGCUGCCCUUCUAUUCUUCACUGUCAGAGGGAAAAAAAAAAAAAAAAGUUUAGCAUCCUUCUGAAGUUGUCCCCCAGAUAGGAUGGUAUUUUUUUUUUUUUUUCCACCAGCAUAGGGAGCUCUGGCCCUUAUAUUUUUGUUUAUACACCUGAACACCUCUGAGUAUGAUCUUUGGGCAGAAUCCAACCGAUGCGUUGCCCAUGGGCUCAGAGCAGAGAUUCCUCGAGUUUCUCCAGGGACACACUUUCCCCUGGGCAGUCAUUUUGAGACAUCACACUAAUAAAAGUGCCUGCCCCUUGUCACUAGGGGUUAAAGUUUGAGUAGCAUAUAUCAAGAAGGAGCAUAUUGAUAACUCAGGUUCACAACUCCAAAAUGCCAUUCUGGAAAGGUUUUUCUAGAGACAACUCGGAGCUCCAGCCUAGAAGUGGUUCUUAUCUGCAAUUACCAUAAAAGCCAUAAAAAUCCUUGAUAUUGUUAUAUGGUUCCAACAAAAUUUUGAUGUCCAGGAAAGUCAACAGAGAAAUCUAGAUCAAAGUGGACAGAAGAAGCAACUUAGCAGCAUGAGCUUCAAAAGCAUAUGACCAGGGAUUCAUUUCUGACCGCAGUGUUAAGAAAAGUCUUGGGGAAAGGAAAAAGAUGGGACAGUGGAACAGAAACCCUAGAGUAAAAUCCAUUGAUUGGCAUUUAGUAACCAUAUAGGUAGAAAAACCUGACUCAUCCCACCCAGAGAUAACAGUAGAUAUAGAAUUUAUUCUUAGACAAUUGUUUUUUUUGUAGUUGAACUGAAUUUUAGUUACCAGAUUGGGGGAGGGGAAGGGAGGGGAGCUAGAUCUUUGUCUUCAAAACAGACCAGUCAGCUUGGCAUCCAGGACCACAAAAGUAUGUUUUGGCAAUUCUGAUAUAGUAUUACUAUCAGUUUAUACAUAUAUGUAUAGUUUUUCUUUUGUUUAUGAAAUAGCCAGAUAGCCAGCAAUUAAGGUGUUUUUCAUCUCUGUGAAAUUCAUAGGUAAAUUCUGACUCUAAAAGGCACACUCUCAAUGAAAUCUUUGAUCUCAAUCUGUAUAUAUAUAUAUACUGUACAUGACUGCUAGUAGGUAUGAAAUGCAUUUUCAGAAUUGAAAACUCAUGCAACAUAAUCAUGUGUUUGCAUAAGGAAUGUUACAAUUCUUUCUACUUCAAUUUAAUAACAGGGGAAAAGACUUAAGCAGUGCCAUCUAGACCUUUCCUCAUUUCUUCAAAAGCAGUGCUAAGUGAAAAAUAGUAAUAAUAAAAAAUGGUUUAGGAACCAAAAGACUUUACAUUCUAGUAUUAGGAACACAAAAAAAUCUGUCAGCUUACAAAAGCACAACGCAUAGAGAAAGUUCAGUGGGAUGCAUAAUGGAGAAAUGAAUCACGUUUGUUUUAAGCAAGACCUGCAUUAAAUUGUCUACUAAGACAAUUUCCACUUUCUAUAGGUAACUGUGUUCCAAUUUUAUGAUUGAAUUCAUACAAAAACAGCCAACAAACAGGUCUUACCACAUAUUUACAUGUAUAUAUGUGUAUAUAUAGAUCCAUAUAAACAUACAUACAUAUAUAUGCAUUCAUAUGUUGGAAAACAAAAGGAAUAAGCUAAUAUGUUUUAUUUCCUUCAUUAAACCAAUGUAUGAAUAUUUUUAAUUUGGCAGCCGACAAAUCAACAUAUUGAAACAAGUAAUACAGGGUACUGAGCAUUUCUCUAUCAGCGAAUCAAUGCCUACAGUUCUUAUGAACCACUGCACAGUUUGACACUCUAAUAGUACUGUACCUCAGAACAUGGAAAUCAACUAGUUCUCACAUUGCUUGUCUACUUAUUCUCUUUUUCAAGGAAACAACUAGCAUUGUUCAAUGGUGAUUUAAAAGCAAAAAUGUCUUAAGAAAACAGAAAAUGAUAAAAUAUAUAUAUAUAUAUAUUCCUCCCAAGAGGAGGAAAAAAAAAUAACUAAACCCCACCAUGUUGGUUAGGGCAGAUACUCUCAACUGUAGCAAUCAUGCCAUUUUGCUAAGUGUACAGAGUCCAUGUAAUGUGAGCAACCAUAACUUUCACUGAGCGUGUGUAAAUAUUAAAACAGAUUUCUUAAAUAUUUUUAACUUCUAAUUUGUAUUUUAUGGUAAGGCAAUGUGCAAAUUCUGUUUAUGGCUUAAGUUGCUGUGUUAUUAUGUAAAUAAUUAAACAUGCUGUAAAUGAAUAGUCAAUAGAUACAAAUCAUUGUUUAGUUUUUUUCUUUUUUAGUUUUUAUUUAAUUUUUACUAAGUAAAAAUAGUUACUGCAGCCCCAGCAGAGAAAUUAAAACACUCUUUUGCAUAAAUGCUUUGGGAUCCCAGACAGAAGGGUUUUAAUUCGCUCGCUCUCUCUCUCACACACACACACACACUUUUUCUUGCCACUCCCACUCAUACCCCGUCUAUGGGAAACACUGUAGUGUUUAUGACAACCAAGAGAUAGCCUUAGAAAUGGCAACUGGGAAAAGCAGAAAUGAUCAUUGAUUACUUGAUAGAUCUUUUUAUACGUAAGAGUUUAAGAAACCAAAGUUCAUAACUUAAAUCUCAAUUUUCAAAGACUAAAAGUUUAUAUUGAUGGCACUACAGGAAAAACAAACACUUAUUAUAUACCUGCUCCAGAUAUAUGUUACACAAUAGCACAUAGAGAAGACUUUUUUUUUAAUAAUAGCAUUUGUCGUUAGAUAGCAUUUUUACUUUUAACCAAAGACUCCAUAAUUAUUUUAAAAAAAGAAAGAAAAAUGGAAAAGUGAGGGAAAAUAGGAGAAAAAAAGACACUGCUUCACACCAAAGGUUUAAAAAAUAUUUUCCAAAUAUACCAGGGACAUUGUAAAAAAAAGUAGUAAGGACCCAACAGAAUGCUAAUUAAGAUACUGCCCUAAGGAAAUAAUUUAAGGGAAAAAAAUAUUAAGCAUCUAUUAGUUAAUUGAAAGUUGAAGUAAAACAUUUCUGUAGAUAUAUAGAUGUGUGCAAAAUGCUAACAUCAGAUUUUAAUUUGCUUUGCGAAUUUGUUUUGUGAUAAAGUUAAAUGUGAUCCAAAAUGAACAAAAACAAAAACUUGUGUUUUUUUCAACUUGAAAGCCAAAUCUCUCUCUCCUGUCACAUGUCAUUAUUCUGAUGCCCGUAUCUGUGUCCUGGCACCAUCUGAAGCAAGUUGACAGUUCCAUCAGCUUGUAUCUUUCUCUUUUUAUUUCAAUAAUUUGUGUUCAAUGGUCAUUUUAAGUGUAUUAAUUCAAACAGUGUUGAAAAUAAUUUAAAUUCCAUGACAUUUUAAAGUUUUUAUUUGCAUGGGUGUUUAAAUAGUUCCAUUUUAAAUAUUGUCCCUGCACAGUUCUGAAUUGUCCUUUUCUAACAAGUGAUAUUCUAGUUUCUUCACAAUGUAGUGAUUUUCAGCCUUACUAAUUACCUUGUAGCCUUUCUUAAUAUGCACAUAAUGCACAUUUUCCAAUGGCUAGAAAAUGCAAAACACAAGUGGAUAUCAUUGCAUCUAUUUUCAUGUCUUUCUAAAAACAGGACUACUACAAUCUCUGGGAUACAUGAGAUAGUAACAAAUGAGGAUUAUAAAUGAGUAGCACAUAAGAAUUAUUUUCUUGAAUUUAAACUUAUUACAGCCAGUUUCAGCAUGUAAAUAUAUAAUAAUGUUGACUAGUGUGUAAUUCUUGACUAAGAAGUAUAAAUAAAACUUAAAAAGAUGUGUGUAUAA